AUGGCCGCAGCAGCCCUCGUUCUACAUCCAACAAUCCCUCCAGACUACCACCGGAUCAUUUCACCCACCCUUCAGAUACCCUCCGAUCCCACAGUGACGAUCCCCCCUUUCCAGCUUCGCAUCCAUUGCCCUCACUGCAACCCUCUCCUUCGCAGUCUCAGCACCACUAUCAUAUCUACCACCUUUGUCAAACCCACGCCUCCACCCUCAAGGAAGAAGGGCCACACGAAGCAGGCCAAAGCAUCUGCGCCGCCUCCACUGUCAGAACCGUUUCUGCAAGUGAUCACGCAUGAUACUGUCUUGUUCCCGGAAGGAGGGGGACAGCCACAUGACGUUGGGCUUCUGACAGCUGAGAACGGCGACAUCUGGGACGUGGCGUUUGUCAAAAGACACGGCGGCAUCGCGGUUCACUACGUCAAGGUGAAGGAGGGCGUCGACGAUGUUCCUGCGCAUCUUGAGGUUGGACGUAAGGUAGAAUUGACUUUGGGAGAUGAAGGCUUCAAGAGACGCCUCGACCACAUGAGCAUGCAUACUGCUCAGCACUUACUCUCCGCUGUCAUCGAAACUCGGCUGUCGCUCCCUACCCUGGCAUGGUCUCUCACCACCUAUCCAUCCCCUUCGUACGUCGAUCUACCUCGCCCUCUAACCGCCGACGAGACUGCGCUCGUCCAGGAUACGGCCAACCGUUUCGUUUUUGAGGGCCGGCGCGUGCACAUAGAGGUAGAGGAACUCCGGGCUGGCCAACAGGGCAUCGAUUCCGGGGAAGCUGACACCGGCACGGGAUCAGCGCGCGAGCUCGGUCGUGGUCUCCCAAAGGACUACACGGGGGGUGUACACCGCGUCGUUGUGAUUGAUGGGGUCGACAGAAACCCGUGCUGCGGCACACACCUCCCUACGCUCUCGUCGCUCCAACUGUUCCUCUUCCCCGCACCCGCAUCGUCGUCCUCGGGACCCGCAAGGCAUUAUUUCCUCUCCGGCCCGCGUCUACUCCAUUACAUUGGAACAACGCAGCUCCUAUUGGCACGCACGUCGAGUCUGCUCUCGUGUGGCGCGGUGGAAACUCCGGACCGCGUCGCGCUCGUUCUAGACGAGAGCAAGAAGCGGGAGAAGCGAGUUGAGGACGUCGAGCGCGAGCUUGGCGACGCGCUUGGUAGACACCUGGCUGAUGAGAUGCUAGAAUGGCAGAGAAAUCGCCACGGUGACGUCGAGUGGACGAAGUAUGUCGGGCGAACCGACGAUGCUUCAUCCGCGCUCUCGUUUCUGCAGUCCAUCGCGUCUGCGUUUGUUGCACAUCUACCUCCCGCCACAGGCUCUGCGUCGCACCACUACGCGCUUCUCCUCACGUCCUCCCCGUCGUCACAGACGUCCGCUUCGACGACGGUAGUGAUGCUUAUCGGGAGCGAGGACAAGAGGGUGAAAGAAAUUGGAGACGAGCUGAAGAAGCAAUUCAAGACCCUUAAAGGGGGCGGGAGGGGGGUCAGGUGGAGUGGCAAGUCAGUAGGCGUGUGGCUUGAAGAGAGGGAAGGUAAGAUAGCGGCAUUGGCAUUGGCUCAGCCUUCGCCCGGACCCUAG